AUGAAUGGUCACAGAAGAAAUGAAAAUGGAUCUUAAAGAAUAACAGUUCUUUGGAAAGAUUCCACUGCAAACACUAAUUAUAUGAAAAAGAUUAUGAGCUUUGCCAAUUCAGCUGUAUCUUGCAAGAAUGAAGUCUCUAUAAGGAAAUUAGUAACAUUUUCUUCCAAAAAAAGUGAUAGACCCUACUCAAGUCAAGGAAUCUAAGUUCAGCUAAAAAAAGUUAAUCUGUCCAUGAGGGUAAUCAGAAUAAAUGUCUAAGCCAGCAUCAUAGUGUAAAUGGGAAACUUGGAUUUAAUGUUGGAGAGUAUUUUGAUGAUAUUGAGCGGUAACUGA